AUGUGUUUUAUUGUCUCGUUACUUGGUUUUCUCCUUACCACCUUGAUGUAUAUCAAAUGCGAGACACCAUCCAUUCCUGGUGUGAACACAUCGUAUCAAAAAAGGUAAAAGGUCUUAUUUCCUUUAUUUGUCAUUUCUCAUACUUCUUCUGUCUUCUCCUUGGCCAGACUCCCUUACGUUUCCCUUUAACAUCGUCAAACUUCAAGUGAUCUAUCAAGCAUCAGACGCAGUCAGUUUCAUCACCAGAUGAAAUACCGAGACGAGACACUGUGUCGAAUGCUUGAUACACCCAAUGCAAAAAUGGCUGCCAGAUUAAUAUUCUUUUGUCUGAAUUUAAAUAAGCCUAACUAGCCCCGUUCCCCAGUACAAAAUUCAAAAGAAUACCUUAUCUCAAGCGAGGUUAGUUGGGCUACUUUUAAUUUAAACAAAAGAAUAUUAAUCUGGCAGCCAUUUUUGCAAUGGGUGUAUAUUACUUCUCAAACAAAAUAUUUCUUUUAUUUUCUAAAAGCAAUUGUUAAUCCCAGAUAGAGAUAUUUUAUUUCAGUUACCGUAUUUCUUCGAAUAAUAGCCGUCCCUCGAUUAAUCGCCUCCCUCCGUCAAAAAUAUUCCCCCGCCUUAAACAGAAAUAUAUAAGAUAAUCGCCUCCCUCGAAUAAUCGCCCAUCACCCCUCUCGCGAUCUUCUCUUCCUUUUCUACCCUCCCUGUCGAGGUGAAGUGGAGUCUGAUCCAGCAAAACUGAUCAUUGACGAUUCAAGCUCUGACGCUGAGGAUAUUGACAUUGAAAAUUAAUCAAGGAACCAAAUUUGGAACACUUUUAAAAAAGCCGAGUUUACUUUAUGUAAUCAUUAUUUAAUUUAAUGGGAUAAUAAAACAAAAUAUUUAGGGUACGACUUCCAGUGAAUAAUAUUUGAAAUAAUCGCCUCCCUCAAAUAAUCGCCCCCUUUUAUGCGAAACAAAUAAUAAUCGCCCCCGGCUAUUAUUCAGGAAAUACGGUAUUUUCUUCCGUACAGCUCGCCGGGCCCGCCCCAGCUUUCUUCACCUUGUAACCAAGCCUGUAACUGCAGUGGGGUAAGCUAUUCCCCUGUGUGCGGAGGGUCGCUGACCUAUUUUUCACCUUGCCACGCAGGGUGCACGAUCGCAAACAAAACUCAGGUACCGUACCUUUAAUAUAUUGACAAGUGUAUUCACAACGGUUUAUUCAUUCCAAAAUAAGGUACAACUCGUUUAAAGAAAAUUUUAAAAAUCACGAAAAAAAAAUCAUGCUAAUAAUCGAGGACUUGUUACGAUCAGUUGUGUAGGAGCUGCUCGUAAGGUCUCUCCUGAUUGGACGCAGAAAACAAUGACAUGUCAUUCUUCCAAUUGUUUCAGUAUUGUUUGGGGUCAGGGUUAGGCACCAUUGGUGACUUCUCUUCCGAGCAGCUACUACGUUACAUGACCCGUUACGAUUGCUGAAGCUAGGAAGUGACACCAGUUCAAUUCAAUUCUCUAUUUUACACUAUACAAGGCAUUUACAAGUUGUAUACAAGUAGUAGGAAAACAAAAUAGAUGAUAAGUAAUUAUUAAGCUAAAAAGAGAUGAUGUACGUAUGUGUACAGCGUCCAAAAGGAGUAAGAGCUUUCUAGUUGGACGCCGUCACGUUAAGACCAUAAAUAUUAAGGCACCCAUAAAUUUUUUUUCAGACUGGUUCCUGGUCGUACUCUGACUGUACCUGCCUGGCAGAUAUCGGUCAGUUCCCAGGAGAAGUGAAUAAAGGCAUCUGUCUGGUUGAAUGCAGGGUCAAGUUCACUUUGUUUUUGACUCUCAUCUGUGCGACAGUAUUCCUAACGUUUUUAAAUUAUACUCCUGCGCUGAUUGUCACCUUGAGGUUUGCACUGUUUGUAGUAAUAUAUUUUUUUAACAUUUCCUCUAUGAAGAAACACCCCAGAUUCAACCUUGCUGCCAAGCUUUUCACUCAGUCACGUUUUUGCUUUCUUCAUUCCACAUUGAUAACUUUCUUGCAUUUCUUGCUGUUAUGGGCUCCUGACAUCACCCACUAUACACCUUGUUUGCCCCCAAAACUUUGCGUAACCUUUGUUUUUUAUUUCUCCUGGGUAUUACAGUGGUCCCAAGAGAAAUAAAAGAGAAAGCUUAUGCCAAAUGUUGGGGGCAAAACAAGGUGUAUUAUGGGAGAUAGGCAAAUGGCGAAUGGUCUGAAGGGUGCAACGCUUGACUGGUUUUCGUCAUACCUAUCUAAUAGGCCACAGAGGGUAUGCAGUAAAGGGGUGUGUACUUAUUCUCAGUUGUGUUAGGCUUACCAGGAAGAAAAAUAAGACACUGACUUCUCUAUUUUCUAAACAACGUAUUCACGAGUUCCCCAUAGUUUUAAUCAGAGGGUGGUGGUGGUGGUGGUGGUGGUGGUGGUGAUANCAUCUGUGCGACAGUAUUCCUAACGUUUUUAAAUUAUACUCCUGCGCUGAUUGUCACCUUGAGGUUUGCACUGUUUGUAGUAAUAUAUUUUUUUAACAUUUCCUCUAUGAAGAAACACCCCAGAUUCAACCUUGCUGCCAAGCUUUUCACUCAGUCACGUUUUUGCUUUCUUCAUUCCACAUUGAUAACUUUCUUGCAUUUCUUGCUGUUAUGGGCUCCUGACAUCACCCACUAUACACCUUGUUUGCCCCCAAAACUUUGCGUAACCUUUGUUUUUUAUUUCUCCUGGGUAUUACAGUGGUCCCAAGAGAAAUAAAAGAGAAAGCUUAUGCCAAAUGUUGGGGGCAAAACAAGGUGUAUUAUGGGAGAUAGGCAAAUGGCGAAUGGUCUGAAGGGUGCAACGCUUGACUGGUUUUCGUCAUACCUAUCUAAUAGGCCACAGAGGGUAUGCAGUAAAGGGGUGUGUACUUAUUCUCAGUUGUGUUAGGCUUACCAGGAAGAAAAAUAAGACACUGACUUCUCUAUUUUCUAAACAACGUAUUCACGAGUUCCCCAUAGUUUUAAUCAGAGGGUGGUGGUGGUGGUGGUGGUGGUGGUGGUGAUAGGGGGUGGAAGAGACGAGGCCUGGUACCAAGAAACGAUGUUGCAAAGCCGUCACGCCUGCGUGGUGGUCAGCGGAUAAUUGUAGUAUUUUUCUCACAGUAAAUAUUUUAUAGAAGCGAGAGGCGAACUACCCUGCGAGCAGAAUCCACAUUUUCGCUGCGUGAAACCUGAAAUUCAACAUGAAAAUAAGACAACGAAGAUUUUAGACUGUAGUUCUUAG